AUGAUGGGACGUAAAGGCAGAGAGUUCGAGAUUGAUGAACGAAUGCUUUUGCAUAUAUAUGGUCCUGAAAUUAUUGAUACCACGGCAUUUCAUCAUUUUCUUAUAAAAAAGCAAACUUUAGUUUCUAUUCAUGAAGCGACCAAGCAUAAAUCUAUUUCUCAAGGUCGACCUUCACUUUUUAUGGUUAUCCGAACUCCUCAUCAGUGUGCAGUAUCAGUUUUAGCCCAUUUAUAUUCUCGACCUAACAAAAGUCAACCGGAAUCAGCUCAGAAAACUGAUAUGAUUAACAUAAAAAUUAAUUCAAUCAAACAGACAGAAGAAUCGAAAAGUCCAAAAAUUUUUAAGAUCCCACAUGAAUUUAACAGACCACUUUGCAAAUUGGAUACAAUUAUACCACCCAUACAACCAACUACCGAAACCGAUCGUAUUAUCAAGGAACUUAAUGAUAUAAGAAAAAAUAUGUCGCAUGGAGAAAGUUUCAGUCGAGCUUCUGAUGCUCGAAAUGUUUGGUUAAAAGAGCCUUUGGCAUCUGAAUUGUCAAAACCUGUACAACCUCAUUUGCCACCAGAUGAUUGUAAUGCUGGUCGUGUUCUUUUAUAUGAUCUUGGAUUUAUAUCUCAAGAAGCCUAUGAUAAUGGAGAUUUUGUUAUGCUUAAUUCUACCGAAAGUAAUGAAUUUUACCGAGUGUUGCAUGAAAUGGUCGAUCGUAGUCCAACCAAAUUAUUACAGACUGCAUUUGUUUUCUACGUUAAAGAAGGUCAACGAAAUGCCCUUGAUAUAUUAGAGAAUGCCAUGACUCUAGAGAAUACCAACGAACAAUUCUGUGCAUUAUUAGCCAUGUUAGGCGAUGGUGUUGAUGUGAAAUCACAUGCCCACUGGACUGGUAAUUGGGCAACUGCAUUUUCUUCAGAUCGCAGACCUACGGAUCAACAGAAACUUCAAGACCACUAUAUUCUUGAUGGUCAUGCACAUUGCUUAUGGUGGUCUGAUGCUCAUAUUGAAAUUGCCACGUUAAUGCCAUCUAAACGCUGUUUUCAUCAAUCAAAUGACGAAUAUCUUGAUAGAAUAAUUACGAUACCUGAAGAAUACAAAAGUACUGUGCAAUAUUCUCGUAAAAUGCAACGUGCAAAAACCAUGACUAAUUCUGAUGGAGAAAAAUUGAAUAAUGCAGUUAACCAACAAAAUUGCUUCAAUACAGAUGAAACAAAAAGCAAGCGGGCUAUGAGUUUAUCGACUGAAGUGCCAGGUCGUCGAAAUUCCUUCAUCAAGCGCAAUGUCGAUCAGAGAAUUUUUAUAGUUUGGCUGGAGAAUUAUGAAGAUAUACGUCAUUUUCCAACUGAUGAGAUGUUUGCUUAUACCUACGAUGGCUCAUUAUCAUUGAUCAACAAUUCGUCAUGUAGACCAGAUUAUGUUGCAAUAUUUCUAUAUCAGAUUGAAAGUGGUCUUGUUAGAGUGCGAAUAAGUGGAGAUUGGACAAAGUGCGGAUUGCCAGGUCCCUUAUUCGAUGAUUGUGUUGUAUCAAACGGCACGCUUCCAGCACUUUUGAGGUGGACUAUAAUCAGUAUAACAAGGCGAAAAACGGUGGAGUUGGAAAAUUACCAGAUGGUUUAUGCUCGCCGAAGACAUGCUAUCCAAGAAUUUGCUCGUAAAUAUUCUAUUGCACAAUCGUACGCCGAAUUGCUGGAAAGACUUAUUUUGUAA